AUGAGCCUCAGCGAGGAGCAGGUGCAGACGUUCCUGGACCAGAACCCUGGCUUUGCGGACCAGUACUUUGGAAAGAAGCUGAGCCCUGAGGAUGUGGCCAGUGCCUGCGAGGAUGGGUGCCCGGCGGGCUGCACCAGUUUCCAAGAGCUGUGCCAGGUGGAGGAGAGCACGGCCCUGUUCGAGCUGGUGCAGGACAUGCAGGAGAGCGUGAACAUGGAGCGCGUGGUCUUCAAGAUCCUGCGGCGUCUCUGCUCCAUCCUGCAUGCCGACCGCUGCAGCCUCUUCAUGUACCGCCAGCGCAAUGGCACGGCCGAGCUCGCCACGCGCCUCUUCAGCGUGCAGCCCGGCAGCGCCCUGGAGGACUGCCUGGUGCCUCCUGACUCCGAGAUCUUCUUCCCGCUGGACAUUGGGGUCGUGGGCCACGUGGCUCAGACCAAGAAGGUGGUGAAUGUCAAGGAUGUGACGGAGUGUCCCCACUUCAGCUCCUUUGCUGAUGAGCUGACUGGAUAUGUGACAAGGAACAUCCUGGCCACGCCCAUCAUGAACGGCAAAGAUGUUGUGGCUGUGAUCAUGGCUGUGAACAAGCUGGACGGCCCGUGCUUCACAAGUGAAGAUGAAGACGUUUUCCUGAAGUAUCUGAACUUCGGGACGUUAAACCUGAAGAUCUACCACUUGAGCUACCUGCACAACUGCGAGACACGCCGAGGCCAGGUGCUGCUGUGGUCAGCCAACAAGGUGUUUGAGGAGCUGACGGACAUCGAGAGGCAGUUCCACAAGGCCUUCUACACUGUGCGGGCCUAUCUGAACUGCGACCGAUACUCAGUGGGCCUCCUGGACAUGACCAAGGAGAAGGAAUUCUUUGACGUGUGGCCUGUGCUGAUGGGGGAAGCCCCGCCGUACUCAGGCCCACGCACACCUGACGGCCGUGAAAUCGUCUUCUACAAAGUCAUCGACUACAUCCUCCAUGGCAAGGAAGACAUCAAGGUCAUCCCCUCACCCCCCGCCGACCACUGGGCCCUCGCCAGUGGCCUUCCAACCUACGUGGCAGAAAGUGGCUUUAUCUGUAACAUUAUGAAUGCCCAGGCUGAUGAAAUGUUCAAAUUUCAGGAAGGGCCUCUGGACGACUCUGGGUGGGUCAUUAAGAACGUCCUCUCCAUGCCCAUCGUCAACAAGAAGGAGGAGAUUGUGGGGGUCGCGACGUUUUACAACAGGAAAGACGGGAAGCCCUUCGAUGAGCAGGACGAACUCCUGAUGGAGUCUCUCACGCAGUUCCUGGGCUGGUCGGCGCUGAACGCCGACACCUACGACAAGAUGAACAGGCUGGAGAACCGCAAGGACAUCGCCCAGGACAUGGUUCUGUACCACGUGAGAUGCGACAGGGACGAAAUCCAGUUGAUCCUGCCAACAAGAGAGCGUCUCGGGAAGGAGCCUGCGGAAUGCGAGGAAGAUGAGCUGGGGAGAAUCUUGAAGCAAGAGCUGCCGGGGCCCACCAAGUUUGAUAUCUAUGAGUUCCACUUCUCUGAUCUGGAGUGCACGGAGCUGGAGCUGGUCAAAUGUGGCAUCCAGAUGUACUACGAGCUGGGAGUGGUUCGAAAGUUCCAGAUCCCCCAGGAGGUCUUGGUGCGGUUCCUGUUCUCCGUGAGCAAGGGGUACCGGAGAAUCACCUACCACAACUGGCGCCACGGCUUCAACGUGGCCCAGACGAUGUUCACGCUUCUCAUGACGGGCAAACUGAAGAGCUACUACACGGACCUGGAGGCCUUCGCCAUGGUGACCGCCGGCCUGUGCCACGACAUCGACCACCGGGGCACCAACAACCUGUACCAGAUGAAAUCCCAGAACCCUUUAGCCAAGCUCCACGGCUCCUCGAUUUUGGAACGACAUCACCUGGAGUUCGGGAAGUUCCUGCUCUCCGAGGAGACCCUGAACAUCUAUCAGAACCUGAACCGGCGGCAGCAUGAGCACGUGAUCCACCUCAUGGACAUCGCCAUCAUUGCCACAGACCUGGCGCUCUACUUCAAGAAGAGGACGAUGUUCCAGAAGAUUGUGGAUGAGUCCCAGAACUACGAGGACAGGAACAGCUGGGUGGAGUACCUCUCCCUGGAGACGACGCGGAAGGAGAUAGUCAUGGCCAUGAUGAUGACGGCGUGUGACCUGUCUGCCAUCACCAAGCCCUGGGAAGUCCAGAGCAAGGUCGCUCUGCUGGUGGCAGCUGAGUUCUGGGAACAAGGGGACCUGGAGAGGACAGUUCUGGAUCAGCAGCCCAUCCCGAUGAUGGACCGGAACAAGGCGGCCGAGCUCCCCAAACUGCAGGUCGGCUUCAUUGACUUUGUGUGCACGUUCGUGUACAAGGAGUUCUCCCGCUUCCACGAGGAGAUCCUGCCCAUGUUCGACCGGCUGCAGAACAACAGGAAGGAGUGGAAGACCCUGGCUGACGAGUACGAGGUGAAGGUGAAGGCCCUGGAGGAGGAGCAGAGGAAGGAGGCGGAGAGGACGGCGGCCAAAAAAGCCGGCACAGAAGUUUGCAACGGCGGCCCGGCACCCCAGUCUUCCACCUGCUGCAUCCUGUGA